GGGAAUGGCUGGGCCCCCAGGCCAGCUGCGCUAAGUUCUUCCAAAGAGUCCCAAGCCCAGCACCUGCUUCUGGGCCCGCAACCUCGCCGGCCACCCGCCCUCCCCAGCAGGCCCCUGCUGUCCCCCCACCUGCUGGCUGAGCUCCUCCUGGCCUCGUCCCCUCUCAGCUGUAGCUGCACCCCCAACCCUGCUCUGGCUCCCAGGCUCUCCUGGCUGGGUGCUGCGUGGCCUUGCCCCUCCUGCUGGCAGCUCCUCAGGGGAACGGGCUACCAGAGGCUGAUUUCUCCCCUCUCCUGGGCCAGGGGAGGGUAUUAUCCCUGCCUCCUGCCUCUGAGGCCCAAAGCAGCAUCUUCCAGCACUUUCCAUCGAGGACUUGGGUGGCAGAGUGUGGGUGCACCCUGGCUGUUGCUCACCCAAGUGCUAGCUGUGCACUUUGUAUCCGCUGAGCGCGGCCAGACCUUCCAUGUCCUCGGGCAGCCGCAGCUCUCCCCAGGACCCUGCGGCUGGCUGGGAGGAACAAACAACGCAGACCACAAGCAAGGGCCUGGGAGGGAGGGGCCCAGAGAGGUUCUGGAGCCAUCACGGGUGAGGGUGAAGGGCCACCGAGGUCCCGCGCGCCCCCAUCCACCCCACAGUGGCUUUAACAGUUUUGCCAAAGCCUCUCCACUCACCAGCAGGCGGUCUCGUCUUCAGGAAUCGUGCAGGUGUCCCUCGGGUCCCUGGGCCCUCCCGCUUGGCUCCCUGGGGGAAUGGCCCAGUCGGGCUGCAGUUCCUCCUCAGGGUCGUCUCCCGAAGGAGUCCCCCGGGGUGGCUGCUGCAUUCUCUGCUUCCCUGGUCGCUGGGCUUCGCCCCACCUGGGAAAGGCAGUGUGCUCUGUGGGGGGCUGCAGUCAAUAAAUGCCGGGAGCUGCCGCGUCUAUUCCUGCCUGCACCGCCUGCCUGCUGGCUGCCUUGCUGUCCAGACCAGCAGGACCCCUUGCACCCCCUAAGGAGGACAAGGCCAAGGCUUUUUGGGGAGGAGCCAGGGUCCUCGCUGUGCAUUUGGGAGGCCUUUGGGUGAAGGAAUUGCUUAAGUAGGAGGAGCCAAAACUGGUGUUGGGGGGAAGGGAACGAGACGAGGAGUCUGGGGUUGAGGGGUCUCAGGCAGUGUAGAGUAGACCGCAUGGGGCCAACCCACCAACAGCAAGCACUAAUUAUUUUUUUUGAGACAGGAUCUGGCUCUGUCAUUCAGGCUGCAGUGCAGUGGCGUGAUCUUGGCUUACUAACCUGGGCCUCCUGGGCUCA